UAUAUAUAUAUAUAUAUGUUAAGCGGAUGCUGAUGGUUUAAUAUGGUAAUCUACACCUUGUGCAUAGUUUCUGCUAAUCAUUUGAAAUGUGCUUAUAAUAUGCAUGUAUGUCGCAUGAUGUAUGAGUUCAGUGCUCAAGCUUAAGAUUUUCAUGCAGAACUCUUCUUCUACUUUGCAUUCCUCAUAGUACUGCUGAUCCAUUGAAAUUUGCUUUUAGAACUCAAUAUUUGUAGUGGCGUUAUCAUGCCGUUCUUAUGGAUCCAUUAAGAUUUUAACAGAGAUUGUUCGCAAAUUCGGUAGAAAAUCAAUUAAAAUUGCAUUGUAUCAUUAUUUAUUUUUGAAUGUUAUUUACAACAAUGGUUUUCAGUAGAAAACUAAAGAGUUUUGGCAAGCCUUGCAUGAGAUUUAGUAUUAGAGCUCUAAAUUACUUCAAAUUUCUACAAGUAAUGAGACCCAAAUUCAGAGUCAUUAAUUGAUGAACUACGUGAUGAUAUCUUUUAAUGGUUACGAGAGCAUUUGACUGCAAUGAAACUCCAACUUGAACUUGCAACACUUUCAUAAUCUUGUUAAGCUAUAUGGUCAAUAAAUUCUCACUAGGGAUGGUUAGAUCUAUGGGAAGCUAUAUGGUCAAUAUACUUGUAGCACUUUCAUAAUCUUCAACCUUUAUGCCAUCGUUUCAUGUUGAACUAGACAGAGCAUCAUUGCAUCUGAUAAUAAAGAUGUUGCUUGUGAUCAAAUACCCGACAAUUUGAAUUGGCAUGUUAAUCAUGUUAUAAUUAAUAAUUAAUCUUAUUUAUAAGAAUGAAAUUAAUACAUUUUCAUUACAGAAAAUGUAAUUAAAAUUAUAAUAAUAUGAAAUUUUUUUUAAUUUAUUAAGAAUGAUGAAUUAUCAGGCAGGCUGUACUGAAUGGAGCUUGUUGAAUUUACUAAUUUGGUGCUAUUUAACAUAAUAUAUUUUUUAUUUUAUUCUUAAUUUUUAUUAUAUUUUUAAUUUUAUUAUACAUUUUUUAUACUGAUGAAUUCAAGAGUCUUCAUCUUUAUCAUUAAAGUCAAAUGAAUUGAUUAUAUUAAAAUGAUUAAAGUAAAAUAAAUUUAGGAGAAUACAGAAUAGCAUAUGGAUCUACAUUACGGCAUGUGACCUUUUGGAGCUUUGUGAAAAAGAAAGAAUAUUGGGGCUUCGUCCUUAUUCCCCCCCAAGAAAAAAAAAAAGAAAAUUAAGUGAAAGACAGCUAUUUUUUUUUUUUUUGCAUGUUUUCGACUUUAAUGUCAUCAUGGAAGAUAGGGAAGCGACGCCACAUUUGACCAUUUCCAGCGUGUUGAUGUCUCCUCUAGGCCGUCGGAUUUCAAAGGAACGGUUGAGAUGAAGGAUGUGAGGAUUUCCCUUAUCUUAACCAGCAGUAUAUCAUCCUGAGCCGGUAGACUAUCGUCUCCUCAUCUCUUCCAAAUCUCUUGUUAUUUUUCCUCUUACUGUUCAGUUGUUCUGCUCUACAUCGAUCGUCGUUGCCAUGGCGGAUAUGUUUCUUGAUCCAAUUAUGGAGGAGAUCAUCAACGCUGGCUUCCGUUACCUGAAAGAUCAAGUCAGAUGGCAGACAGGCAUGAAGGAGGAGCUGGUAAAGCUGCAAGAGAAUCUCCCCCAGAUCCAAGCUGUCGUUCACUUUGCUUCCAGCCAAGAGCAGAUCACAGAACAAAAUCCGCAUCUUAACAAAUGGCUAUGGCAGCUACGAGAUGCCAUUGAUGAUGCAUAUGACGUGGUGGAUGAGCUGGAGUACAUUGAACUUGAAGAACAGGCGACCAAAAACAAGAAGCUGAGAAAGGUGCGUUCCAUCAUGAAAUCCAUGAAGAAAAAACUUGUCAAAAUUGGCAAACGUGCUCUCAAAAUUGAUCCCACCUUGAAGCGACUGGAGGAGGCUGUGCAGAAACUUCAUAGAGUUUCAACAACUGGUGUUGAUACUUUCCUUCAUCUUGUAAAAGACGCAAAGAAGGAGCUUCAGAAGCAGCAGCUUGAGCUGCACGGAGCACGUGAAACGGGAUCCUUGCCUAAAAAUGAUUUCAUCGGUCGAGGCAAGGAGAAGGAGCUUGUUACGGAGUGGCUGAUCAGGAAUCCAUCAAAUGAGCCUCGGGGAACUGAUUUGUACAGAAACAUUUCUCUUCUAUCUAUAGUGGGCCAUGGUGGUAUGGGGAAGACAUCUCUCUUGCAACAUGUUUAUAAAGAUGAUGAAAUUACGAAGGAAUUUUAUCUUAAAAUGUGGGUUUGUGUUUCUAACAACUUCGAUGUGAAAAAAGUCAUGGCAGAUAUGUUGGAAUCUCUUAAGAAGGAGAGGCCUCGUUUGGAGACACUUGGGGAACUUCAAAGGCGUGUCGAGGAGGAGGUGAUGUCCAAAUAGUUCUUACUUGUGCUAGAUGAUAUGUGGGAGGAGGAAGAGCGGGACCAAAGUAAAUGGGAGAAUUUGCUCGCCCCUCUGGCUGCUAGGGCUUUUGGUAGUAAGAUUCUGGUAACAACUCGAACGGACUCUGUUGCACUCAUGUUUGCAAAAGUAAUUAAUAAGGAGGAGGAAAUAGUUAAAUUAGAGGGCCUCGAAGAAGAUGAGUGUUUGCAGCUCCUCAACUCUCAUGCAUUUGCUGGUGUAGAGAACCCCCCUGAUGAUCAUAAAAAAUUAAGACCCAUUGCUGGAGAGAUAGUUAAAAAGCUUUUAGGAUCUCCAUUGGGAGCUAAAGUCAUUGGUGGUGUUCUGAAGGACAACUUGGAUGAAAGGCAUUGGAGGACAGUUUUAGAAAGCAAUUUAUUGGGUCAGAAUUCUAUCAAUUCCAUCUUGAGACUGAGCUAUAUAGUUUUGUCAAAUCAUCUUCAAAAUUGUUUUGCAUUUUGUUGUAUGUUCCCACAAGAUCAUACGUUUGAUAAAGAUGAUUUAGUCCGAAUGUGGAUCGCAUUGGGUUUCAUUCAGCCUUCUAAUUUUCAAGGAGAGACUAUGGAGGAUAUCGGAGGAAGGUAUUUUGAUGUUUUGGUUAAAAAAUCUUUCUUUGACGAGUUUGAAAACUACAUAAAGUUUUCAUUCUACAAGAUGCAUGAUUUAUUACAUGAAUUGGCACAGUCAGUUUCCAUACAACAAUAUUUAAGAGUUGAGGAUAGCGUGAAGUUGCCUUCUAUAAUUCCUGAAACUCUUCGAUACGUGUCUAUUCAAACUAAAGACCUAGACAUCUUAAGAAGGAUUGGGAAGAUUAAACAUUUGCAUUCUCUUUUCUUCUUCUAUGAAGAUUUUAAUCAGGAUCUUUGCAGUGCACUUAUUAAAAUAUUCAAAGCGUCGAGAAGCCUACGCUUAUUAUACGUAUAUGUUCCAUUCUUGGAAAUGAUACCUGAGGAGAUUGGAAAUUUGAUACAUCUUCGAUACUUGAAGAUUUUCUGUCAUAAUUUGACUAUGCUGCCAAGAUCUCUAAGUAAUCUCUAUCACUUGAAAUACAUGAUCUAUGAUCAAUGGGUAACGUCAAACCAAGUUGUUUUUUUACCAAGUGACAUUAAUAAUCUUUCUAAAUUGCAUUACCUGAAAUUGUCCAAUAAUUAUAUUUCAUCGAUAUGUGGGAUUGGGAACCUAAUCUCUCUUCAAGAACUGGAUAUGUUUGAUCUUAGAAAUGAGAUGGGUUAUAGAAUUGAUGAGUUGAAGUAUUUGAAUGAUCUUUGCAAAUUAGGAAUCAACUGUCUUGAAAAUGUGAAGGACGCCGAGGAGGCUCGUAAUGCCCAAUUAUGUGAAAAGAGCAGGCUCACAGAUUUGACCUUAUGUUGGAGUAACACUUAUUCGAGGAACAUCGAUUUAGAUGAGAGUGUGCUCGACAACCUUCAGCCACCAAAAUGUCUAAGGAAUCUGAUCAUAACGAAUUACGUAGGUUCAAGGCCUGCAAUAUGGAUGAACAAUGUCAAUCCAAUCUUCAAUCUAGAGAAAAUCGAAUUGACAGAUUGCUUGGAGUGUGAAACUCUUCCACCUUUCGGGCAACUUCGCUUCCUCAAGUCACUAGCACUUUCUAACAUGCCGAAAGUAAAAUGCCUCGAAAGUAAGUUUAAUGGGAUUGAUCAAUACCAUGCCUUUCCAUUGCUAGAGUUGUUAUAUAUUUACAAAUUAGAAGCAUUAGAGGAUUGGUUUGAGGCAGGAGUAGCUGCUGAAGAUGGAAGUUUGUUUCCUUGCUUAACUGAACUGGUGCUAAGAAACUGCCCGAAGUUGAAAGAGUUGCCCUCUUUGCCUCCUAAGCUCAAGCGCUUUACAACAGAGAAAAUUGGGUGGACGACUUUGAAUUUUUGUAGCAAUUCAAGUCCUAUUCCCCUUGAAACAUUAAAGGUCUCUUACUGUCAAAACAUCACAUCUCUUCCUCUAGCUGAUGAAAUAGCAAGGCUUGCAGCACUAAGAUACUUGGAAAUUAUAAAGUGCCCCAAUCUGAUCUCUCUCGGAAGAUAUCGAGAAGUGGAGACCACUAAUAAUUGCCAUCUCAUACUCAACCAUCUUAUUAUAAGUGAUCCAUCGGUGUUGCUAAUGGAGCCAGUGAGAAGUAUCGCCUCCUCAAAGAAGCUGAGUAUUUCGUGGAAUAAUGAGCUGAUUUCAUUUCCAAAUGAGACGGAGCAGUGGUUUCUGAAAGUUAGGUUUUCUCUUUGUGAGCUGGAAUUCUCAUUUCUCAAAUCCUUACAGUCUCUCCCUUCCUUCUUCGGAAGCUUAUCUUCACUUCAGAAACUAUUUAUUUAUGAUACUCCUAUGCUUCGGGAAUUACCGAACCUUCCUCCUCCUCUGGAACGUCUAACAAUUUCGGGAUGUCAUCCAGAGUUAAAGAAGCGCUAUCGAGAGGAUGGAGGCUACGAUCGGCACAGGAUUGCUCACAUUCCUCAUAUCUCUAUUCGUCCCCGAUAUUAGGUCCAACUUGUGCUAGGCUUUACUUUGGGCAAUGAUGUGGCCAGUUCUUGCUCACCACCCGGAUUGCCGAGGCUUGUUGGCAAUCACUGGUGGUGUUUCAGAUUGUUCUGUUUGGUUUCCUUGUUUGAGUUGUUGCUGCUUCUUUCAUUUGGUUUUUGGUGGGUUGUUGCUGGUUUCCGCCUCUUGGAUGGUCCUUGUCCGACGUUUGGGUGGUUGCAAGAAAUUUUAAGACUUGUUUUGUGCCUGUUUGGCUAUCUCGUCAUUUAUGUUUUUGAUUGUGUAAUCUUUCUUUUUCUUGGUUAAGCUGGUUGUAUCCUCUUUCAUUGAUGGAAUAAAAUCAUCUUUCGUU